CGCGCCUUCCACCAGAUCUCCACUGUAUUUCGUCAACAAUCAAAACCCUCAGACGGAGGCGCCGCCGUCACCGCAUUUAAACCCUAGCGAUUUAGAGAGAGAGAGAGAAGAGAGCGACGGAGAAGGUUUCUCCAUCACUUUCGCCUUGAUCUCUUUCGAACCGUUUCAAACCUAGUAAACAAUCCAGACUUCAAAGGGGAGCGAUUGCUUGUUAAACAAGAUUUGAACUUGAGUUAUUGAUUUUAAAGGGUGAUGACGAGGUUUCAUGUCAACGGGAAAGUAGUUGAUACUGUUGAUUUGCUGAGGAAGAGGCACUGGCCUUGGCGAUUGGAUUCAUGGCCAUUUGCCAUACUUUAUGCUACAUGGAUGAUCGUGAUUAUACCCAGUUUAGAUUUCCUUGACGCAUUUAUAGUUCUUGGUGGUUUGUUAGCUGUCCACAUAUUGGUGUUCCUCUUUACAGUAUGGUCGGUGGAUUUUAAAUGUUUCGUUCAGUUUUCGAAGGUUAAAGAUAUUCAUCAUGCAAAUGCAUGCAAAAUCACUCCAGCCAGGUUUUGUGGAUCUAAAGAAGUAGUACCACUACAUUUCCGAAAGUUGGCAGGCUCUUCGACAGAGGAGAUAUAUUUUGAUUUUCGAAAGCAGUGUUUCAUCUAUUCAAAUGAGAAAAAAACUUUCUGUAAGCUUCCUUACCCAUCCAAGGAAACUUUUGGCUACUAUCUCAAAAGUACUGGACAUGGUACUGAAGCAAAAGUUCAAGUUGCUGCUGAGAAGUGGGGACGCAAUGUAUUUGAAUAUCCACAGCCAACAUUCCAGAAAUUGAUGAAAGAGCACUGCAUGGAGCCCUUCUUUGUAUUUCAGGUCUUCUGUGUGGGACUUUGGUGUCUGGAUGCAUAUUGGUAUUAUAGUCUGUUCACCCUAUUUAUGCUGUUUAUGUUUGAGUCAACAAUGGCCAAAAGUCGGUUGAAGACUUUGUCAGAGCUUAGACGUGUCAGAGUAGAUUCCCAGAUGAUAAUGGCGUACCGUUGUGGGAAGUGGACAAAGAUAUCAGGGACGGAUCUUUUGCCUGGAGACGUUGUGUCUGUUGGUCGUGCUGCUGGUCAUGAUGGAGAGGAAAAGUCUGUCCCUGCAGACAUGCUUAUUCUUGCAGGGACUGCUAUCGUGAACGAGGCAAUCCUCACUGGCGAGUCUACCCCCCAAUGGAAGGUUUCAAUCAUGGGCAGAGGACCAGAAGAGCAAUUGUCUUCCAAAAGAGAUAAAACCCAUGUUCUUUUUGGCGGCACAAAGAUAUUGCAGCACACUCCUGAUAAGACCUUUCAUAUGAAAACUCCGGAUGGUGGCUGUUUAGCAAUUGUUUUACGAACUGGAUUUGAGACGACCCAAGGGAAACUGAUGCGAACUAUUUUGUUCUCAACGGAGAGGGUUACUGCUAACAGCUGGGAGAGUGGACUCUUUAUUUUGUUUCUAGUUGUGUUUGCAAUCAUAGCAGCCGGUUACGUACUUAAAAAGGGGCUUGAGGACCCAAACAGGAGUAGAUACAAGCUUCUCCUGAGCUGUUCCUUAAUUAUAACUUCUGUGAUCCCCCCUGAGUUGCCAAUGGAGUUGUCGAUAGCUGUUAAUACAUCUUUGAUUGCACUAGCACGGCGUGGUAUAUUCUGUACAGAACCUUUUCGUAUACCAUUUGCUGGGAAGGUUGAUAUAUGUUGUUUCGACAAGACAGGAACAUUGACAUCUGAUGACAUGGAGUUUUCUGGAGUCGGUGGGUUGAGUGAUAAUGUAGAUUUAGAAACAGAGACUAAAAAAGUGCCAACUCGCACUUUGGAAAUUCUUGCUUCCUGCCAUGCCCUGGUUUUUGUGGACAACAAGCUGGUUGGUGAUCCUCUUGAGAAGGCUGCAAUCAAGGGGAUAGAGUGGACUUAUAGAUCUGAUGAGAAGGCCAUGCCUAAGAAGGGAGGUGGCAGUACUGUCCAAAUCGUUCAGAGACAUCACUUUGCAUCCCACUUGAAAAGAAUGGCCGUUGUUGUUCGUACAGAGGAGCAAUUUUUUGCUUUUGUGAAGGGAGCACCAGAGACCAUCCAAGAAAGACUAAAUGAUGUACCAGCGUUUUAUAUAAGCACCUACAAGAGGUACACACGUCAAGGAUCUCGUGUCCUGGCUUUAGCAUUUAAGCCUCUUCCUGAUAUGACGGUGAGUGAAGCUAGAAACUUGGACAGGGAAGUAGUGGAAAGCGGGCUUACUUUUGCUGGUUUUGCGGUAUUUAAUUGCCCUAUCAGAGGAGAUUCUGCUACGGUCUUGUCUGAAUUGAAAAAAUCAUCGCAUGACUUGGUUAUGAUUACCGGUGAUCAAGCAUUGACGGCUUGUCAUGUUGCUCGUCAAGUUCAUAUAAUCUCGAAACCAUCAUUAAUACUUGCGCCAAUGAAGAACAAAGAAAGAUACGAAUGGGUUUCACCAGAUGAAACGGAGACCGUUAGCUACAGCGAGGAAGAGGUUGAGGCUUUAGCGGAGGAUCAUGACCUCUGUAUCGGAGGCGACUGCUUCGAAAUGUUGCUGCAAACCUCUGCUGUUGUCAAAGUGAUUCCAUAUGUUAAGGUAUUUGCAAGGGUGGCUCCAGAGCAAAAAGAAUUGAUAAUGACCACUUUUAAGUCAUCCGGAAGGAUCACUUUGAUGUGUGGUGAUGGCACUAAUGACGUAGGAGCUUUGAAGCAGGCUCAUGUAGGAGUGGCUUUACUGAAUGCAAUACCUCCUCCGAGUACCAGCGACAAGCCCUCAUCAGAAACUAAACCUGCUAAGCCGAAGAAACCCAAGUCCGUUGCGGAAUCAAGUUCCGCCAGCAACCCCCCUGCCACCAGUAACCGCCAUCUGACACCAGCAGAGAUUCAAAGGCAGAAGCUAAAGAAGCUCAUGGAUGAAUUAAAUGAAGGAGAUGAUGGUCGGUCAGCUCCAAUAGUCAAACUCGGCGAUGCGUCAAUGGCGUCCCCAUUCACCGCCAAACAUGCGUCGGUCUCCCCGACCACCGACAUCAUCCGCCAGGGCCGUAGCACUCUGGUGACCACCUUGCAAAUGUUCAAGAUUCUCGGACUCAACUGCCUUGCCACCGCCUAUGUUCUGAGUGUGAUGUAUUUGGACGGUGUUAAGCUCGGUGACGUUCAGGCCACCAUUAGCGGCAUCUUCACCGCUGCUUUCUUCCUCUUCAUCUCCCACGCCCGCCCAAUGCCGACACUCUCUGCCGAACGGCCCCACCCUAACGUCUUCUGUUUCUACGUCUUCCUCUCUCUACUCGGCCAGUUUGCUCUUCACAUCCUUUUUUUGAUCUCCUCCGUGAAAGCCGCCGAAAAACACAUGCCCGACGAAUGCAUCGAGCCGGACUCCGAAUUCGAGAGCAAUUUGGUCAACACCGUCUCAUACAUGGUCAGCAUGAUGAUCCAAGUCGCUACGUUUGCUGUCAACUACAUGGGUCACCCGUUUAACCAAAGUAUAUCCGAAAACAAGCCGUUUAAGAUUGCGCUUUUCGGCGCGGUCGUGUUCUUCACCGUCAUCACUUCCGAUCUGUUUCGGGAUUUGAACGAUUGGUUGAAGCUCGUCCCAUUACCAAGGGAACUGCGAGAUAAGCUUCUGAUCUGGGCGGCGUUGAUGUUCGUCGGAUGCUAUACGUGGGAACGAUUCUUGCGGUGGGCGUUUCCAGGGAAAAUGCCGACGAUCAAGAAGUCCAAAUCGAUCGAUGGCAAGAAGAAAAAGUCUCAAUGAGGUAUUAGGUUUUGAGUUCUGUAUGGAUAUGAGAACGAAGGCGACUUUUGGUUCCCCAUUUUUGCCUUGGAUUAGUUGCUUGAUUUGAUUAUGUACCAAGGAAUAGAAAGUUAAUUAUCGUUUAAUUUUCAGUUUUUUUUUAACAAAUGACGUUAGUGUUAAGAUUAUGGUUUUUUAUUGGUUAAUUAAUGUUACGGGCAGUUUAACAAAC